AUGACCGCCGCCAGUGCCGCCGUUUCCUCCUCCAAGAAGUUGAUGAAGUUCACCCUCUCUAUCAUCUGGCCUCGUUUCAACUCCUCCAAAUGUAAAAUGGCGGCGAAGAUGACGGUGGCGAGGAUAAAGCUGCUAAGGAACAAGAGACAGACGGUGGUGCGGCAGAUGCGAAGAGACGUCGCUUUGCUUCUUCAGUCUGGCCAGGAUGCUACUGCUCGUAUCCGGGUUGAGCAUGUGAUCCGAGAGCAGAAUGUUUUGGCUGCAAAUGAGUUCAUUGAGUUGUUCUGUGAGCUACUAGUGUCCAGACUUUCAAUCAUCUCAAAGCAAAGGGAUUGUCCAGCAGACCUGAAAGAAGGAAUUGCCAGUUUGAUGUUUGCUGCCCCAAGGUGCUCUGAGAUCCCAGAACUAGUCGCAUUGAAAGACAUUUUUCAGAAAAAGUAUGGGACUGAUUUUGUGAAUGCUGCCACUGAUUUGAGACCAGAUUGUGGGGUUAAUCGCAUGUUAAUCGACAAGCUCUCUGUCAGACCUCCCACUGGUGAAGUGAAGCUCAAAGUCAUGAAAGAGAUUGCCAAAGAGUAUCAGGUGGAUUGGGAUACAGCAGAGUCUGAGAAGGAGCUCCUCAAGCCCCCAGAAGAACUCAUAGAUGGACCUUCCACUUUUGCCAGUGCUUCCAGCUUCCCAGUUAAGCUACAGCCGAGUAACUCUGUUGAGCCACAUAAACGAACCACCACCAGAUCAACUAAUGAAGGCCAACCUGGUGAUGCUUAUUUUGGAGAUGCUGCAACUGCCGCUGAUGCAGCUGCAGAAUCCGCAAAGCAAGCAAUUGCAGCUGCACAAGCUGCGGCUUACUUAGCUGACAGGGAGAGGAAUCGGUCUGAUACCGGUCCAGGAAUGAAGGAUGACUAUCAUCAGAACUUCAGUGGGUCUUCCGACUGUCGAGGCAAUGAAGGGUUCAGGAGGUACAGCUACAACGACGUGCCACCGCCAGCAACAAAGAUGGUUGACGGUGAUCAUCUUCCCUAUACAAGAAGACACAGCUACAAUGGGAUGAUGGCAGUGCAGGAGGAUGACCGAAAUGUCCACGGUGGCACACACGAUGAUGACCAGCGAUGCUCCUCUCGGGAUUCUGGCGUUCUGUUUGAUGAAUCCGACUGUGACGAAGAGAUUGAAAUGGAAAACCCAAGUCCAAGUGGUGGUGCUGCUGCUGGUUGUCCGCCUCCUCCUGUGCGUCUUCCGCCACCUGUCCCUGCAGUUCAUCAUCCUAAGUUGCCAGACUAUGAUCAACUUGCUGCUCGCUUUGAAGCUCUCAAGUAUCGCAAACCAAAAGCUUAGACAGGCUUCUGACCUCAUUUUGCACAAGUCCUUUUUGCUUCAUGCAUGGAAAUUAUUCUAUAUUGUAUACAUCAUGACUUAAAUCUCUGUAAUAUCCAUACAAGAUAUGCAAUCAUUUGUAUUACACGACUUGCUGAGUUGGUUCAUGCAAUAUUUUCCGAG